AUGCAGAGACAAGUUGAGCUUACUGAUGGUGUUAAUGGGGUUGGCGAAAAAGAUGAUUUCAACCCAAGUGCGCAGCCUCCAUUAAAGGUCAAGAAUCCAUGGCGGUAUCUGAGUUAUGUUAUCAGAGAUGUCUUUGUGGUCUUUGCAUUGGCAGCAGCUGCAGCCUACUUCACUAGUUGGUCUUUUCGGCCACUCUACUGGGCUGCUCAGGGGACCAUGUUCUGGGCUAUAUUUGUUCUUGGACAUGAUUGCGGCCAUGGAAUCUUUUCCGACAACCUCAUUCUAAAUAGUUUGGUGUGGCAUAUCUUUCAUUCUUCAGUUCUUGUAGCUUGCCAUGGAUGGAGAAUUAGCCACAGAACUCACCACCUAAACUAUGGGAGUGUAGAGAAUGACAAGUCAUGGUUCCCGAAAUUCUGCAAGUAUGGAGGAAAUAAGUAG